CUGGUUUUGAACAUACGUGCAGUAAGCAAGCGUUCAACUGUCACCGAUAAAACAAAACCGAGUUCGAGUUUAUUCGUUUCAAGCGUAGCAGUGAUUGGGGUUGAGAGUGGCUGUGACGGCGACGAGAAAAGCUAAGCCAAAAAUAGAAUAACUUGACGUGCAGACAUAAACCAAAGCGUGAGCUAAACAAAUUGGAACAGAGGAGAAGUAACUCAGGAUUCACAGCGGCCACAGCAGUUGUGUUGUUGUGCUCACAGUGUGCAGUUCAAUAAUUAUAAUAUAAUAUUAGCACAAUAUUAGUGCCGGGCUGUUAAAGCAGCAUUUUCAAAAUAGCGAACGUGUUUGUAAUUUGGUGUGUGCGUUAAGCUCCAUACGCUGGUAAGGCGUUUGGACAAAUAUUUCACCAUCAACGGACCGAAUAAACAGAGCCACAAUAAAAAGCUGAAAAGUAAGCGAUACCACAAACAUAAAUCGCUGUUACAGGCGUUUGAUGUGACAAAAUACUCUAACGGUAGUGGCAAACUACUAAAGGAAGAGAGAAUAGUGUGCAGAAAAAUUUAACUAUUACAACUGUGUUCGCUCGUAUCCCGACACAUCGAUUGCUUGUGCCUCGGCGCCGUGUUUUCACUUAGAAAUCUAAAUUUCAAAACUACAAAAACAAAGAAAAUAAUAAAAAAAAAACACUAAUCAAAAGCACAACGUAAACUAAGCAGUUCUUUUGGCUGACCUGAACACAGAGCAGUGCAGAGUAGCACAACUAGCCGCCCUCGCCCGCUUUACCGUCAGUUGAUGGCGCUCGCCCACAUUAACGUUCUUCAAAUAUUGUAUUCCUUUGCCGCGAUUUGUUGGUGAAACAAAUUUGUUAAUUAAAAAUAGAAUUCAAACAUCGUCUUUGUACGAGCACAACUCUUGGCUAGUCUGUGUUCUGUCUUUGAACGCUGUGCACGCGUCUCUAGUUGUCGUAAACGGCGAGGUGGAAGUAUCGCAGAACGCAGGGCAGCAAGCCAAGGCAAGUCGAGCCAGUGAAGUGCCACUGAAUCCGCGCAUUUGGAAAGAAGAAAAACACAUACGUACAUACAUACAUAUAGAUUUGAAGGAAUCCCAGUGAACCCCGCUGAUCAGGCUACCGAAAGUGAUCAAAACGAACUUGUACCAAGCCUGUGCAGUCGACGAAGCGUAGUGGAGUAGUGUUGUCACAGCAGCCGUAGUAUUGGUGUCAUUCCGCCGUACCGUACGAGCUUCAAAACGUCUCACAAAAAGCGUGUGAAGAUGGAGAAGACUCCCCGCUACACGCAACGGGAGCGCAACAUGGUGCUGGGCUUCGCCGCUCAAUACAAGGAUGUCAUCGAGAAUAAGCGCACGGACGCCGAGUCGAAUCGGAAGAAGGACGAAGUGUGGCGCCAAAUAGCAAAGGAGUUCAAUGCGCGCGUCUAUCAUCAGCGCUCCUCCAAGCAAUUACGUCAGCUCUACAAAAACAUGAAAUUGCUGCUGAAGAAGGAUCUCUGCGGCGAAGGCAAAGGCAAUCGCACAUUCAUGGAUCUGCUGAAUACACUAUCGCAACAGGAGUCCGUCGCACAAUACAUAUCCGAACAGAUGUCGCCGAACGGCGGUAGCGGCAUUGGGAAUGGCGGUUACGGCAGUAAUCGACAGCACAAAUACGACGAUGACUACGAUGACUCAAAGAAUCCCUUCCCACAACUAGCCUCGCUCGGCUACGAUGGCAUGGACCCCGAUGUAAUUGUCAUUAAAUCGGAGGACAUCAGCGAUAAUGAUCAGUCACAGGCGCCGGAGGAUAUGGACGAUGACGAUGGUGACUGCUUGAGUUCCAAAGAUAUACCCGAGGUUUGUUUAGAGGAAGAAGAUGAUGAGAUCUUCGCUACCGAUUUGCGACAUUCUACGCCUGUACAAUCGGCGCAUGCGUCACAACGCGCCUCCUUCAACUCAAAUGGACCGCAUCAACAGCAAAAUUCGUCACAACAACCUGAAGUGACAAUACAAAAUGUUGGUGGCAUACGCGUCGGCAGCAUUGGCAGUUUGGCGAACCUCAAAGCGCUGCAGAAUGGCGGCAGUAAUUCUGCGUUGAAUAUACCAAACAGCAGUAAUAACGGUAAUAACAGCAACGGAAAUGGUCAUGGAGCACAUAACGGUGAUCGCCAUACACCCAGCACGCGCCACCAGGUGAGUGCCGAGCAGCAAGCAGCACAGCAGUUGUUACUCAAUGGCCUUGGCUUGAGUGCGGUGCAUCCAGCAGAGCCGCCAUUGCCGCAACUGCAGCGCGCCACGCACGCCGCUAAUAUCAAUAGCAACAACAAUCUUAUCAAUAGUACAAAUCAGCUGUUAAUGAGCUUGAACGCGAACGCUGGCUUCGCCGGCCUCCAAAAGAGCAGCCACGGCCACGGUCACAGUCAUCAUCAUCACAAUGGGCAUGGUCAUGGCGGCAGCGGUGCUGGCGGCUUGCACAAUCACAGCAAUAGCAGCAGUGGUAGUAGCAGUGGCAUCGGUGGCACACACAACGCCAACAAUCGCAACAAUGACUACCUCAUGUCGCUGACGAUAAAGGAGCGCGAAAGGAAGAUUGACCUGUUGAAUGCGCAGAUAGAUUAUUGGAAGACGCUAACGAAGAAAUUGGACUCAAAUGCUGCGCAUAAUCCGACACCGGCCUGCAUGUGCCACUUUCCCGGCAAAGUGAAUGGUCUGCAAACGCCGACAAGUAGCAGCUAGUCCGACACGGACUUGGAGGAGGAAGAGGAAGAGGAGCAAGCGGACGGUGUGUGCGGUAUGAUUGAAAAUGAUGCGGCCGCUUUGGUGCUUGGGGCGCAAGCAUUGCGGAAAGACGACAAUGUGCCUGAUAAAGUUGCUGAUGGUGGUGCGCAAGUAUGUCGCGCUGCUGGCGAUGCAGAGCUGGAGGAGGGUACAGCUGGAAACUCAGUAGCGUCUUCGGCAAGUGGUGCGACAUUGAGCGAGGCUUUCAAAUUGGCAGCAGAGAACUUCGAUAUACUCGAGUUGGACGCCUAUGCUGAGGAGAUGGAGUUCGACGAGAGCGAUGUAGCGUGUUUGCUAGUGAAAAUGUAUAAAUAGAUGUAUGCGCACAACCGUAAUUUUUCCGCUUAAUAAUAAGCAAAUAGAUUUGUAAGUUUUACCAGUCAAAUUUGUUGUGUUCAACAUAUUUUGUGUUACGCAUUUGUUCUCUUAAUAUUUUUAAGUAUUUGUUUAGUUUUCUUUUUGUUAUGCAGUAUUUUUCUUUAGUUCGUAGUGUAUGUACUUAUUAAAUAGCUUAUUCUAAAUAUUUUUUUGCACUUUUUAAAUGAUACUGAAAUGAGCUAAUGUACAAAUAUGGUUCCUAAUCUAGUCCUCAUGUCAUACAAAAAAUUGGAAAACAAUAACGGCGUUGUUAAUGUAAAUACAACUAUGAAUUUUUUGCCAAACAAACAAAUAAAAAUUGUAACUUGAAAUGAGCAUACGUAUAAACCAAAUAAUAAUCUUCUGAAGUUGCCAUUUUCAUAUACCAAAUGAAAACUUAUUUAUUAAAUAUUUUUUUAACAAUUAAAGGAAAAAUAUAAUAAACUAUUUCGUAUUCAUAUUGGAGUAACUAGUAUAAGUGAAUGUUGUGUUUAAAAGCGAAUCAGAAAUUUCGAUAUUGAAAGUCUGUAACCAGCCUUAUACAUAUUAUACAUGUAUGUAUCAAUUGAAUGUUUAAAAAUAAAAUAAAAUUUUCGCAUAUGUGCCCAUAUAUGUUUGAACAUACUUAAUCUUAUACAUAGAUACAUAAUUAUAUAAUGGUAAAAUGUGUACUUAAUAAAAUAAAUGUAUAUUGUAAAUUUUGGAUAUACCGAAGAGCUGUCGUGCAUAGUUGCAUAGUGCAUUAAUUGUAUACAAAAAUUAUAGUUGAAUGUGAAUUAACUAAUUAAAAUCUUUAUCAAAUCUGUCAA